GAUCAUUUCCAUUUUAAAAAGAUCGCCACGACAUCUAGCGAUCCAAAAACAAUGGGGUUCCUUCUCUUAUCAACGAUAUACCACUGUGACCAAGGAGCCUUUAACACCCCUUGCACGCCAUUUGCAAGAUUCUAUCAAAGUAAGGGCGUUCAUUCAAUGAAACAAAGAUAUUCAUGUUGUUUUUAGUUGACAGGACCCAUGACAGUAGCCCAUUAUAUUCGACAAGUACUUGUGAAUCCUCUUAGUGGUUAUUACAUGCAUGGAGAUGUGUUUGGUCAACAAGGUGAUUUCGUCACGUCACCUGAAAUUAGUCAAAUGUUUGGUGAACUUUGUGGGAUUUGGUAUUUGACGGAAUGGAUGCGACUUGGCAAACCGGCAAAAACACAAAUCAUUGAAUUUGGACCUGGAAGAGGCACUUUGAUGAGUGAUAUGAUUCGAACUUGGCGACAAUUUCCUUAUUUUUACAAAACCAUUUCUGGAAUUCAUUUGAUUGAAGCAAGUCCUGGAUUACGUAAAAUGCAACGUGCAAAUUUGGUACAAGGCUCUUUGGAUACAGAUGUCAAACGUAUAGAAACAAAGGAAACUGCGGGCAUGAAUCCUACAGAGUCCAUCUCCACUCAAGAUGGUAUCAAAAUUUCUUGGCAUGAUGGCAUUGAAUUAGUCCCUGAACAAUGGUCUUUUAUUAUGGCACAUGAAUUCUUUGAUGCUUUACCAGUACAUAGUUUUGAAAAAACAUCGGAAGGUUGGCGAGAAUUACUUGUAGAUAUUGAUGAUACAAAUGAAACUGAAUACAACUUUCGAUUGGUCAGAUCUCCGGCAGAUACCAUGGCAGGCAAAUUCUAUAUGAAGGAUGAAACAUAUACAUCUUAUAAAGUAGGGGAUCGGAUUGAAAUCUCUCCUGACAGUUGGACAAUGGCAACACAAAUGGCGAAAUUGGUCAAUACACAUGGUGGAUCAGGCUUACUGAUUGAUUAUGGUCAAGAUUAUGCACAAGGUGAUACCUUGAGGGCGAUUCGAAAACACAAGUUUGUUCAUCCUAUGACGGAACCUGGUAGUGCAGAUCUUAGUGUAGAUGUAGAUUUCAAUGCCCUUAAAGUCAAUAUGAGGAAAGAUACAGAUAUUUCUGUACAUGGUCCAGUCACACAAUCUGAAUUUUUACAAUCACUUGGGAUUCAAGUUCGAAUGGAAAUGUUAUUGAAGAACGCAACCUCAAGAGCUAGUCGCAACAGUAUCAUUGAAGGCUUUAAACGGCUUCUGGAUCCAAGUGCCAUGGGAAGGAUAUAUAAGGUCUUGGCGUUCUCAAACGAAUCAACAUCUACCGAAGAAGCGAAACCUGUUGGAUUUCAUCAUUUAGAAUAAUUC